UUGACGUACGAUGUAAAGACUAGUGCGGCGUCUCUAGUAUAUUGCUGUGCUUUCAACCAAUCACGAAGCUUGUGAGACCUACCGGAUCUAGAGGGAGACUUCCUCCUGUUCGCAACGUGUGUUUACGCUUUUUACAAUCUGGUAGAGGUAAAAGAGGCUUAUCGUUGGGUUAAACGAAGUGUAGAAUGGGUCGUCGCAAGUCCAAGAGGAAGCCCCCUCCUAAGAAGAAGCUGACGGGGGACCUGGACACGCAGUUCACUUGUCCCUUCUGUAACCACGAGAAGUCCUGCGAUGUUAAAAUGGAAAGAACCAGAAAUACUGGAAUAAUAUCCUGCACCGUCUGCCUGGAGGAAUUCCAGACACCUAUCACAUAUCUGUCAGAGGCCGUGGACGUGUACAGUGAUUGGAUCGAUGCCUGUGAAUCAGCCAAUCAGUAGUCCUAGCAGGGCUGUGGACCUCUUGGUGAUGGGGGAGGAGGAGGAGACCGAUCGCGGGCCUGGGAUCGUCAAAGCAAGCCGAGUGCUGAUUCCAUGUGGUUCCCUGCUACUUACAGAUUUACUAGUAGCGGUCCCCUUGAAGUUAAGUGAUAGUUGAAGACCAAGGCAGCAUUUUGUCCCCCUCCCCCCUUUUGAGUAGUGGGCAUGGAGAUCCAUGGAUCGCUGUCGAACAGGUGGACUAGGUUACCUGACGUGCGCCCAGCUCAGUGCAAUCAUCUGGGCCCGUCAUCCACUACCUCUCUGCCCCAUACACCCCUGACCCUUUAGCUGUGUUUGACUCUUGCAUUAUUUUAUUGAAUAACUUACAAGAAGGUUGUAGUCGGUUGGUUAGUUAUAUAAUUGGUGUAAUUUGUACACUUUUAUAAGCUUCCGAAUUAUUACUAUUCUUGUUCGAGGGACACUACUGAAACCAAACCAAAAAUUAUUUGUCGCUUAAUGUUGGUAUUUUAGUGAGGUAGUAAUUUUGCAACACAAUACAUCAGACCUGUGUUUUUGGUUUAGGGAACACUCGCUAUAACCUCCCAGCUCCAUGGAGUGUGGCACCAGCUGUUACAUGGCGUACCAGCAUGCUCCAGGGUUUGUUUAAUGUUGACUGCAGUUUGUGAACACAUUUUGGGUCCACCUCUGAGCGAGUAAGGUAAAAACAUGUCGUGUACAAUGAUCACCCUAAUUUUGAGAGACAUUUUACUUUAGUUAUGCUUUUAGAUUUUUUUAAAUCAUCCUCCUUAUCUUCCCUUCCAAUUUUCUCUUUGUGUGUGUUUUUAAAUCGAUGAAUAAUAAUCAAUAACAAUAAAUCUAGCAUCAAUUUUCUUUUAAACAGACUGGUGAUUAUAAUUAUUUUGAAGAAAACUGCAGUGCAUAAUAAUUUACCCAUUGCUCAGCUCAUGGUUAUGUCCAACCCCCAUCUUUUUUAAGCAAUUCCAAAGGAGACUUAAAGUUGUUUGCUUUUCUGUGAAAAUAGGAAAUAGCAUGGUUGUUAGAGAUUGGAUUUUCCAUAACAAUCACAGGAAGAAACUAUUUUAUCCAGAUUUGAUUUUUGGAAACAAUAUCAAAUUCUUUGCAGAUGGUGGCAAAACACAUGGUUAUUUGUACAAUCUCUUGGUUGGUGGAAUAGUCCAGAUAUGCUUGUAUCUAUUACACUGUGGCCCCAUUUAAUACGUUUUCUUUUUAACAAUGAAAAUAAAUGUCAUGAAACACUG